AUGCAGGUCAACAAGCUUCUCAUCGCUGCGGUGCUUGGUUUUGCAACCACUGCUCUGGCUCAGGAGGGUAAAUGCACGGCCAAGGGAGAAUGUCAGGAGAACAUCAGCGGCGUCCGCUUGUUUUGCUCUUCAGGCAGCUGUGACGGGAAGGAAGGACAGUCUUGCACGAGAAACGGUCCUGGGUCUUCCAAUGUGGCCAACUGCCCUAAAUGA